AUGGACAACUCCAUAGGAAGCUUCACUUCGAGCCAGUUGGGUAAUCAGCUGGAGCCUUUGGGUUUGCAGGAAGCAAGGCGCUUGUUUAAAGAACAGGCAACGUACCCAGUACUGGGCCGGCAGAAUUCGCGGGUGGGCGCCGGGGCGCCCGUGUACCUGGCGGCGGUGCUGGAGUACCUGACGGCGGAGAUCCUGGAGCUGGCCGGCAACGCCGCGCGCGACAACAAGAAGACCAGGAUCAUCCCGCGGCACCUGCAGCUCGCCAUCCGCAACGACGAGGAGCUGAACAAGCUGCUGGGCAAAGUCACCAUCGCGCAGGGCGGCGUCCUGCCCAACAUCCAGGCCGUGCUGCUGCCCAAGAAGACGGAGAGUCAGAAGGCGAAGAGCAAGUGACCCCGACGCCGGCACCCCGAGCAGAGGCUCCUCUCAGGGCCGCCCCGCAGUGUGUGAAUAUGCCUAAUGCCCAGGAGGGUCCCGGCGCCAUCUAGCGGGGAGGUGGGCUGCGGAGGGGCCCACCGGGGUCGGGGGCCAAUAAAGUCGGUGAAAAUCG